UUUCUUUUUCAAAAAUAACUAAUAUUGUUUCUAAUAUCAAUAAAAAUAAAAGAUCAAUUUCUACAAACAACAUGUUUGUAGAGGAAGAAGAUACUAAAUAUACUGAUACAGAACCAGGUGAAGAGGCUUAUGAUUAUAAUCAGUUCAAAAAAGAAUAUGAAGAACAAAUAGAAAAAUAUAUAUAUUCUAAUAAAACUGUAAAUUUUACCGACGAGGAAAAACUAAAGGAACAUCCUAAGGAAGUAUUAGAAAAGUUAAUUGAUUUUAAAAAUUGUACAAACAUAACUGGAGAAUUUAAUAUUAAACCAUUAAAUUGUUUAAUAUACAAUUAUGAACAACAGAAAGAUAAACCUAUUGUUAAAAGACUACUACAGAAAAUAUAUCUAAUUAUUAAAGUUUGGUUUCUGAUUUAUGUAUGUGUUGCAAUUCCUUGUUGGUGUCAUAAAGGCUGGUGUUGUUGGUGUUUCCGUUUUAAAUUUUGUUUUCCAAAAAAAAGAAUAUUAUUUGCAAAACAAUAUUAUGCAAAUAAUCCUCCUGGUGUACUCAGACAAAUCCAAAUAAAAAAAGAAGAAGAAAGAGAACCUAUUACAUAUGAACCUACUAUAUUUGAAGAAGAUAUAUAUGAAAAAUUGGGGGCUGAAAUAAAAAAUAUAUAAAUAU